AUGAGACAAUUUAAAGAUUCUAAUUUUAUUAACCCUACACGUUUAUUAAAUAAAAAUUACUUAAACUGUAAAACUUGUAUUAUAUAUUCUUUUGAUAAUGAAGAAAAACACCAAAAAAAAAUUAAAUCAUUUUUUAAUUCAUUGUUUUCUAAACGUUUUGGUAUAUCUAUUCUUGGAAUAAUAUACGUAAUCUCAAUGAAUGGAUUUUCCAGUAACAAUAAUAUUUUAUCAAAUAUAAAAUGUAAUAAUACAUAUUCCAGAAUUUUAAUUGAAACACAACCUCUUGCUUCUAAUGAAAAUGUGGUAAUAACUCCAAAUAAAUUUUUUACCAAUAUUAAUAUUGCACCUAAAAGGCUAGGAGAUAAAUUAUCUAUUGAAGAUGCAUUCGGAGAAGUAGAUAGAAAAUUAACAGAUUCUCAUAACAAAUUACAAAAAAACAUAAAUAAACAUGGAUUGUGGAAUAAUCAUACGAGUCUUACUUUUGGUCAUGCAUGUUCACUACUUGAUAGUAAUAGUACUGAGCAAGAAAUAAAUAAAAAUAUAGAUCAAUUAAUAACUGAUCGUAUAAAUAAUAAACAAAAAAUGUAUAGUUUAUGGUGGGAUGUCAUGAAGAAUGAAAAAAAAAAAUAUAAUUUAAAAACAAAAUAUUUAUAUAAACAUCAUGAAAAAUUAAUACAAAAAUAUAAAAACAUUGAUCAGAACAUAGCAGAAAUACAAUGGAAAGAAUGUAGAAAAUACAUUAUCUUAGCUAGAGUAGAGUAUGAAAAAUAUAUAAAUAAUAUUUUCUGUAAAUGGAUUAAUAAACCUACAACCAAAUCAUCCAUAUUUAAAAAAAUUGUAAAUAAAAAUAGAACACUAUGGAAAAUGUUAACUGAUUAUGUUAUACAAACAUAUUCAGAAUCUAUGACCCACUCAUAUGAACAUAUUAGUCAAGAUAUUCAUAAUAAAAAUCAAAUGCAUCCAACACAUAUAAACAAAGAAAAAUAUAAAAACUAUGUAUCAACCACACUAAGAACUUCUCAAAGAGAUAAUUUAUCCUUACUAUAUAAUUAUGAACAAUUUUUUCAAGAUAUACCAUAUUUUGAUUUAGAUGCAUUGGAUAAUAUAGAAGAAGAAACAGAACCUAUUGAAGAUGUACAAGAAAUAGAAGAAAAAAAAGAAAUAAAUGAAAUGCGCACAGAUUUUGAGGAAAUACAAUUUAUCAUAAAAGCAGAAGAAAAAAUUAGGUUACUAGAAGAAUCACUAUAUAAACCCUUACCACCUUUAAUUGAAAAAGAAGAACAAAAAUAUGACAUAGAAAAGCAUAACAUAGUAUCAAAAAAAACAGCAGUUGAAACUAAACAGGAAAUAGUUCAUGAAGAACAAACAAAUGAACAAUCAAUACAAUCAAUACAACCGAUCCUUCAAUCUGAACAAACAAUAGAAGAAGAAAAACAAUCUGACGUAAAAUUAACAGAACCUGUUAUUCAAUCAGUAAAUCUCGAUUUAGAAUUAGAAGAUCCCAUAACUGAAACUGAUCAAUCAAUGAUCCAAACGGUACAAUUAGCUGUUGAUUCUGAACAACCAACAUUAGAAACUGCUCAAGAUGUACUUGAAGCAACAAGAGAAGCAAUUCGUACAAUACAAGAUGCAGUAAAGGUAAUAACAGAAGUUCUUAGAGAAACACAAAAUUUAGUUAAAGAAUUACAACCAAUAUCGGAUCAAAUACAUAGAAGAAUCAUAUAUAUAGAACCGCAUAUUACAAUCAAACAAGCUACUAAUAUCAUACAAUCUUCAAUCACAAAAACGCAAGAACUAGUUCAGGGCGUACAAGCAAUAAUAAAUAAAAAUAAUGAAGAAAAUGAAGAAGAUGAAGAAGAUGAUGACAUAUUUGAAGAUGCUUUAGAAGAACUUCCAGACGAUUAA